UCUGUGCUGUGCAGUUGGAAGACGUCGCUCGCUGGCUUCCACCGAACGAAAAAGGCUCGCAAAUUUGAUUCGAAAAAAACAUAAUUAAGUGGAGGAAUGAGGGAGAUGCAGUGAAGACUGGGGAGUCUGAAGACAGACGGACAAAGGGUAAAGGUCACCAGGAAGAGAGAGCAGGAUGCAGUCCCGCCCACAGGACAGGCCGUUGGCCCUCUCCGCGGGGAAAUCCCACAGCCCGACCAAUGGGAGAGAAGAACAGGUGUACUCAGACGCAGACUCCAUGGAGGAAGAGGCCGACUUUAAUUGGGAGGAGUACCUAGAGGAGAUGGGGGCGACCGCUGCACCCCACACCGCUUUCAAACAUGUGGACAUCAGCCUACAGAGCAGCUUCCAGCCGGGGAUGAAGCUGGAGGUGGCCAAUAAGAGCAGGCCAGACACUUACUGGGUGGCCACCAUCGUCACCACCUGCAGCCAGCUGCUGCUGCUGCGCUUCAGUGGCUACGGAGAUGACCGCAAGGCCGACUUCUGGUGUGAUAUCAUGACAGCCGAACUCCACCCAGUAGGCUGGUGCACCCAGAACAACAAGACCCUCCAACCCCCUGAAGAUAACGUUUACUUAAGAAAAGCCAUCAAGGAGAAGUACAGUGACUGGACAGAUUUUCUCAUCCAGGACUUGACUGGCUCACGGACCGCACCAGCAAACCUACUGGAAGGGGCUCUGAGAGGGAAGAACACAGUGGAUCUGAUUGUGGAGGGUUCGGUGAUGGAGGUACGGGACCUCACUGACCCCUACCUCUACUGGGCUGCCCGCGUCGCCCAGAACAUUGGUGGGAGGCUCCGCCUACGCCAUGUAGGUCUCCAAGACGACGCCCACGACACCUGGCUGUUCUACCUCGACGUGAGGCUCCGCCCACUGGGCUGGGCUCAGGAGAACCGCCUGUCACUGGAGCCCCCAGCAGAGUUGCGCGGCCUGAAGAGCGCCCUCGAGUGGCAGGAGGCCCUGGAGGCGGUGCGGAGCGAGGCCCAGCAGAACCCACUGCCCCUGGAGGUGUUUAAGGACCAUGCAGACCUGACCAAGCACUCCUUCCGGACGGGGAUGAAGCUGGAGAUGGUGUCGCCUUCGGAACCGUUCCACAUCUGCCCUGUAUCUGUCACACAGGUCUACAAUGAGCACUACUUCCAGGUCACAGUGGAUGACCUCACUCCAGAGGCCACACCCCUGUCCCUGGUGUGCCAUUCUGAGUCGCCGGGCAUCCUCCCCGUCCAGUGGUGUCUGAAGAACGGGAUUGGUCUAGAGCGGCCCAGGGGCUACCAGAGCCAGGACUUUGAUUGGGCGGACUACCUGAAACAGAGUUGGACUGAGGCUGCCCCCGACGCAUGCUUCCCUGAUGCGUGGCAGAGCCGAGGCUUCGCUAAAGACAUGUGGCUGGAGGCCGUUAACCCUGUCAGGCCCACCGAGGUGUGUGUGGCUCAGAUCACACAGGUCAGGGGUCGCCUGCUGUGGCUCAGACUGGAAGGCCUGCCUAAGUCCGUCCCUGAAUGUAUUGUGGAUGUGGAGUCCAUGGACAUCUUUCCUGUAGGGUGGUGUGAGACCAAUGCUUACCUCUUGACUCCACCACUGAAGCCUGUCUGCCAGCAGCAGAAGAAGAUAGCCGUCGUCCAGCCAGAGAAGCAGUUGGCUCCGCCGCAACCCGUGGAGACAAUCCCUCUCGACCUCUGCGAGCCCGUUGCCAUGGAUACAGGCUCAGCCAAUGGGAGAUACUGUUGUUCCAGGAUCUACGUGAACCACCGCUGUUUCUCUGGCCCUUACCUGAACAAGGGGCGCAUCGCUGAGCUGCCACAGGCUGUAGGGCCGGGGAAAUGCACUCUGGUCCUCAAGGAGGUGCUGAGCAUGUUGAUCAAUGCGGCCUACAAGCCUGGGCGUGUCCUGAGGGAACUACAGGAUGUGGAAGAGCAGCACUGGGACUGCCACGAGGAGACCCUCAAAGCCAAAUACAAAGGGAAGACGUAUCGAUCGUCCAUCCGGAUCGUGCGUCUGGCAGAGCAGAUCCCAGACUUCUGUCGUAGAGUGUGUGGGAAGCUGCAGUGCUGUCCCAACCUCUUCAGCCCCGUCCAAGUCACAGGCCGGUGUCCUGAGAGCUGCUCCAUGCAGACCAAGACCAAAUAUAGUUGGUGUGUGCGUGCGCGAACAAAUACAGUAAUUUUCUACAAGUCGUAUUAUUACGGUAAGAAGAAGAAGCUGUCUAAGCCGUUUGGAGGAGAGGAGAGUCUGGAGGCCAAACCCACACGACGCAGGAAGAAGAGGAAGGCCAUCUUUGUCCAGAAGAAACGGCGCUCGUCUGCAGUGGACUACACUCCUGCAGGGUCACCACAGGACAGUGAUGAAGACGAGGAUGAAGAUGAUCUUAUGUUGCAGUCGGGCAGUGAAGAAGGCACCAGCUCUGAGCCACGCGAGGACCACAUAGACACAUCCUUUGUGGAGGUGGCUAACAGCCGGCCGCGGCGCGCCGUGACGCUACGUAGGGCCACCCAUACCGGCAUAGCUUCGGGCAGCCGUGAGGGUCCUGAAAGCAGGAGGCGGAGCACUCGGUCCCUGUCAUAUAACCAGGGGAACAAGUACCACCCACCCAAGAGACAGGAGAUGCAGGUGGAGUGUAGUGAGGCGGAGUGCCGGCUGGUGUUGGAGAGGAACCCUCUGGAGUGGUCCGUAGAAGAUGUGGUCACCUUCAUCACCUCCACCGACUGUGCUGCUCUCGCCAACAUCUUCCAGGAGCAGGACAUAGAUGGCCAGGCGUUGUUGUUGCUGACCCUGCCCACAGUCCAGGAGUGUAUGGAGCUGAAGCUGGGUCCAGCCAUCAAGCUGUGUCACCAGAUAGAGAGGGUCAAGGUGGCCUUCUAUGCCCAGUAUGCCAACUGAUCCUGGGCAUAUCACCUGGCACCUUUUACCCUGUAGAGCACAGGCUGUCUGGAGACACCCCGCCCAGUACACCUUCAUCUGAGGAAGAGGAGGAGAGAUGAUUUCGCUUAAUGCCAAGUCUGGGAUUACCUGGUAUGGAAGGCUGGGAGGAAAGUGGGAAAACUGGUAAUGCUGUCGUUUGGGAAUUCCUCAAUUCUGGACAUGGAUUACCCAGCCACUUUUCCGUGGAUUACUGAUGUCACAUAGAGAAGGAAGUGACAUCAGGGGAAGUAGAAGAGGAGCUACCCACGUACGGAGCUCAGGACGUCAUCUGCGACAACAGGCAGAGAUGGAUUGGAAGGUUCAGAUUUCCAUAGUACUGUGUGGAAGGAUCAGUCAACUGUGAAUGGUUGAGUACGAUACAUAUGAGUCAAUCCAUAUGGAAUACAGAUCUGUGAAGAAACUGAUCGAAAUUGAGGAUUAUUUUCUUGGAACAUUUUGAAAUCGAGGAUUAUUUUCUUGGAAAAUCGUAUUUUUUUUUUUUUACAUGCUGUUUGAGACUAAUUGCCCUGGCAGCGUUUAACUUAUGAACAAAUGUUAUUAAUUAUUUGUUCAAUGUUUUCCCUCUUUGUUAUAUUUAAGUAAAUUAGCUUAAUAUAUUUCAUUAACGAAAAUCGGUUAGUAACCUACAAUAUAUUUGCAAUAUUUAUUGUAUUCCUUAUUGAAUAGAUGUCAUAUCUAAUUUGGAUGUAAGAAAAAUAUAUUUAGCAAGAGUUGAUAGGCUAUUGAAAUGUCCAAGUCUUUGGGUUCAAAUAUGUAUUUAAGGAAGUUCAUGAGUUAUUCCAGUCAAUAGUAAUUUAGUCCUGUUAUUAAAUCAUCCGUUUUUUCUUGUGUGCAUAGGGAAAUAUUAGGUCCGUUGCAUUUUCUCAUUAAGUUUGUAAAAAAUCCUGGUUACACUUUAUUUGGAUAGUCCAUCUGUAGAUGCUCUACGGGCUAUCAAUAACAUUUCAACUAACUACUAACCCUUAUUCUAAACCUUACCGUAACCUAACCCUUAUUCUAAACCGUACCCUAACUGUAACCUAACCGUUAUUCUAAACCGUACCCUAACCCUAACCCUUAUUCUAAACCGUACCCUAACCUAACCCUUAUUCUAAACCUUACCCUAACCCUUAUUCUAAACCGUACCCUAACCGUAACCCUUAUUCUAAACCUUACCCUAACCAUUACCUAACCCUUAUUCUAAACCUUACCCUAACCGUAACCUAACCCUUAUUCUAAACCGUACCCUAACCAUUACCUAACCCUUAUUCUAAACCUUACCCUAACCGUAACCUAACCCUUAUUCUAAACCGUACCCUAACCAUUACCUAACCCUUAUUCUAAACCUUACCCUAACCUAACCCUUAUUCUAAACCGUAACCCUAACCCUUAUUCUAAACCGUACCCUAACCGUAACCUAACCCUUAUUCUAAACCGUAACCCUAACCCUUAUUCUAAACCGUACCCUAACCGUAACCUAACCCUUAUUCUAAACCGUACCCUAACCAUUACCUAACCCUUAUUCUAAACCUUACCCUAAACAUAACCCUAACCCUUAUUCUAAACCGUACCCUAACCGUAACCUAACCCUUAUUCUAAACCUUACCUAACCCUUAUUCUAAACCUUACCCUAACCUAACCCUUAUUCUAAACCGUACCCUAACCGUGACCUAACCCUUAUUCUAAACCUUACCCUAACCCUUAUUCUAAUCCGUACCCUAACCGUAACCUAACCCUUAUUCUAAACCGUACCCUAACCGUAACCCUAACCCUUAUUCUAAACCUUACCCUAACCAUUACCUAACCCUUAUUCUAAACCUUACCCUAACCUAACCCUUAUUCUAAACCGUAACCCUAACCCUUAUUCUAAACCGUACCCUAACCGUAACCUAACCCUUAUUCUAAACCGUACCCUAACCAUUACCUAACCCUUAUUCUAAACCUUACCCUAACCCUUAUUCUAAACCGUAACCCUAACCCUUAUUCUGAACCGUACCCUAACCGUAACCUAACCCUUAUUCUAAACCGUACCCUAACCAUUACCUAACCCUUAUUCUAAACCGUACCCUAACCCUAACCCUUAUUCUAAACUGUACCCUAACCAUGACCUAACCCUUAUUCUAAACCUUACCCUAACCGUAACCCUAACCCUUAUUCUAAACUGUACCCUAACCAUGACCUAACCCUUAUUCUAAACCUUACCCUAACCAUGACCUAACCCUUAUUCUAAACCGUACCCUAACCGUAACCCUAACCCUUAUUCUAAACCGUACCCUAACCAUUACCUAACCCUUAUUCUAAACCUUACCCUAACCGUAACCUAACCCUUAUUCUAAACCUUACCCUAACCCUUAUUCUAAACCUUACCCUAACCUAACCCUUAUUCUAAACCUUACCCUAACCGUAACCUAACCCUUAUUCUAAACCUUACCCUAACCCUUAUUCUAAACCGUACCCUAACCGUAACCUAACCCUUAUUCUAAACCGUACCCUAACCGUAACCUAACCCUUAUUCUAAACCGUACCCUAACCCUAACCCUUAUUCUAAACCGUACCCUAACCCUAACCCUUAUUCUAAACCGUACCCUAACCGUAACCUAACCCUUAUUCUAAACCGUACCCUAACCCUAACCCUUAUUCUAAACCGUACCCUAACCGUAACCUAACCCUUAUUCUAAACCGUAACCUAACCCUUAUUCUAAACCGUACCCUAACCGUAACCUAACCCUUAUUCUAAACCGUACCCUAACCCUAACCCUUAUUCUAAACCGUACCCUAACCCUAACCCUAACCCUUAUUCUAAACCGUACCCUAACCGUAACCCUUAUUCUAAACCGUACCCUAACCGUAACCUAACCCUUAUUCUAAACCGUACCCUAACCCUAACCCUUAUUCUAAACCGUACCCUAACCCUAACCCUUAUUCUAAACCGUACCCUAACCGUAACCUAACCCUAACCCUUAUUCUAAACCGUACCCUAACCCUAACCCUUAUUCUAAACCGUACCCUAACCCUAACCCUUAUUCUAAACCGUACCCUAACCCUAACCCUUAUUCUAAACCGUACCCUAACCCUAACCCUUAUUCUAAACCGUACCCUAACCCUAACCCUUAUUCUAAACCGUACCCUAACCCUAACCCUUAUUCUAAACCGUACCCUAACCCUAACCCUUAUUCUAAACCGUACCCUAACCGUAACCUUAGCAAGCAGUUGCUUAUCAACAGAAGGUCAGUUGCUUAUCAACAGAAGGUCAGUUGCUUAUCAACAGAAGGUCAGUUGCUUAUCAACAGACGGUCAGUUGCUAGUAUCUACAAUGUGACCAAAGUCCUGAAUUAGCUUUUUACCCUUUUCAAGAAGUUGCUUUCACAAUCAUGUAAACAGUCAAAUAGGUUGUAUCCAUCUAUGCAAAACCCAGUGCAGAUAUUUUUGAUAAGUGUUGAUAAGAAAAUACAUUUCUACUGAUUUUGUAAUGACGUUUUGUUUUCUAGUUUUUAUAGAGAUGAAGAAUUCAUCAAAGUGUUUUUUAAAACCACGUAUAAACUCACAGGCGGGUAGGCCUGAAUGAACUACGUAGGUAGUCAUAACCAUUCCAUUACUGAUCUGGAUUUCAUUGUGUUUCUUCAUGCAGGCAGUGACUAAUAGCCUGUUGUAUUUCCAAGACUGUAACAUGUUCUUAAUGUAAUAUACAUUGAAUUUAAUACAGACAGCACAUAUUCAGAUGAGAGUAUUUCACAGCAGCAAGACGAGUCGUGCUUCACCAAUUCUCUGUUACUGCACAGUUGAAUUAAUUUAAUAGCACAUACACCAACUCUGACACUUUCGAUUGAGCCAGUCUGAAAAGUGUUUUAAUCAACUGCUACCUAAAAUGGUUGCUUGGCAACACAAUCUCUACCGUCUGUUUUGCAUGAUUUUUUUCCCCCUUUUCCCAGCUGUAUCUGAAAACAAACUGGAUACAUUUUGAUUGCAGAGGAGUAAACAACCAUUUAACUGGUUAAACAUUUUUUAAAAGCUGUUUAAUAAAAAACAAUUAUCUCAUGUACAAGACAA